AUGUUUGGAUCGUUCUUUGCAGUGAUUAAGCUAUACUUGGUGCUUCUUGCAGUGUACUGUGGGUCGUACAAACACUUGGAAACGCAUAACAGCAAGGUUUAUGAAUAUCUUGUGGGAAGCCAUGGAAAUUACACGUCGGUAACGCUAAUUAUAGCGCAUCCGGAUGACGAAGUGAUGUUCUUUGCCCCCACCCUUCUUCAGCUAGAUGCGCGGAUGGCGCAGAGUGUACCGUUUCGAGUUGUGUGUUUGACUGAUGGAGACGCGGAUGGGUUAGGUGAGGUGCGCCGCAGGGAGUUGCACAAGGCGCUGCGGUUGUUGGUGUUGGAGCGGGAUGUAGAGAUUCAGAUGGGGGGGUUUAAAGAUGGGAUGGACGAGGAGUGGAAGAUGGAGGUUGUGAGGGAGGAGUUAGCGCAGGUUGUGACUGAUAGGCGGCCGUUGGUGUUGACUUUUGACGAGCGGGGUGUAUCUGGGCAUAGGAAUCAUAUUGCUUGUGCGCACGCGGCCGCGAAGUUGGGCCAUCACACGUUGCAUCUAGACAGUGGGCAUAAUCUGAUACGUAAGUACUCGUUCUUUUUCGUAGACCUAUUCCGGUUGUUGUUCGGAUAUCCGAUGCCAACAGUAUUUUUGAGUACGUUUUCGCAAUACCUCCAUUCGCUGGUGACGAUGUUGGUCGCACACAAGUCUCAGAUGGUGUGGUUUCGUUGGGGCUGGUGGACUGCUAGUAGAUAUGUGUAUGCGAAUGAAUUUUGA